UCUAUUACGUUCCAAUUCGUUGAAAACGCGCGGCAUAAAUUUUAAAAACAAGCACAAUUUAAAAUGGCGACGAAAAAAGAAAUCGAUCUUGCGGAUUUUGACUUGCCAAAGAUGACAAUGGAUAUGUAUCUACAAUCAGAGAGGCUGAAAACCUUUAAAGAUUGGCCUUUCCAUGAUAACUGCAACUGCACAGCUGAAAUGAUGGCAGAAGCUGGUUUUUAUCAUACCCCAUCAAGCAAUGAGCCAGAUCUUGUCACUUGCUAUGUUUGUUACAAAGAAAUGGAUGGCUGGGAACCUACUGAUGAUCCAUGGGUUGAGCACAAAAAUCAUUCAAGUAAAUGUCCCUUUGUUGCCAUUGGAAAAAAGCAAAGUGAUUGGACUGUUGAGGAUACAAUAAAAAUGGAAAUAAAAAGACAAGAAUAUGGAAUAACAAAAGUGGUUGAAUCUGUUAUUGCAAAAAUGGAAAAUGAUGCACAAGCUGUCAUAGAUGAACUAGAGGAAUUAAUGGAGAGUUGAACUUGAACAUAGCUUGAACAGAAACAAGAAUGUGACAGACAGAGCAAUUUAUGAUUUAUCAUCCUCAAAUAGUUGGGGAUCAUUUGUGAUAUAAGACAAAGGGAAUUCGCCACAUAAUAUCUCAUAAGGAUAGCUUGUCCUUAGGUAUUAGUUACGUCAGCCGAAUUCUUUGUUUAAACUAUCACGUUUCUGUUAAACAAUCAGCUUUCAUUUUCCAAUUGCAAACUGCGAUCCAGACAAGCAUGCCUCUUUGGAAGAUCAGACGGCAGAUGAUGACAUUUAUGCCUCAAAUUGCAUCAUUUUAUUUCUUUCCUAAUUCGAGUAUUAAACGUUUGCAGACACGUGUGCCAAUCUUUGCUAAAUAAAUUGCCUCCUCCGAGUGUUUUACUAAAAAUAAUAUUUUACAGCCGAAGAAAGUUUAUCCAUGCUUGAA